AUGUCGCAAAACCGGUCCGGAGUAUUCUCGGGCCUGCGUAUGGGGGAAGUCGUACGUGAGAAGGUUCAAGAUGGCUUGACCGGCGAAACCAAGGAAAUGCAAUACACCCAGUGCAAAAUCGUUGGAAAUGGCUCCUUCGGCGUUGUGUUCCAGACAAAGAUGUCCCCCAGUGGUGAGGAUGCUGCCAUCAAGCGAGUACUGCAAGAUAAGCGGUUCAAGAACCGUGAAUUGCAAAUCAUGCGCAUUGUACGCCAUCCCAACAUCGUUGAGUUGAAGGCUUUCUACUAUUCUAAUGGCGAGAGGAAAGAUGAGGUCUACCUGAACCUAGUUCUCGAAUACGUUCCUGAAACGGUCUACCGGGCUUCGCGCUACUUCAACAAGCUGAAAACAACCAUGCCAAUGCUGGAGGUAAAGCUUUACAUUUACCAACUUUUCCGCUCACUGGCCUACAUCCACUCGCGAGGCAUUUGUCACCGAGACAUCAAACCACAGAAUCUCUUGCUUGACCCCAAUACGGGCAUUCUCAAGCUCUGCGAUUUCGGCUCUGCGAAGAUCCUGGUCGAGAAUGAGCCCAAUGUCUCUUACAUCUGCUCUCGCUACUACCGAGCACCAGAAUUGAUUUUUGGUGCGACGAACUACACCACAAAAAUUGAUGUGUGGUCUACUGGCUGUGUCAUGGCUGAGUUGAUGCUUGGACAGCCCUUGUUCCCUGGAGAAUCCGGAAUCGAUCAAUUAGUUGAGAUCAUCAAGGUGCUGGGCACCCCGACCAGAGAACAAAUCCGCACCAUGAACCCGAACUACAUGGAACAUAAAUUCCCCCAGAUCAAGCCUCAUCCCUUCAACAAGGUGUUCCGACGAGCACCCCACGAGGCUAUCGAUCUCAUCUCCGCCCUCCUAGAAUAUACACCCACACAACGACUUCGAGCAAUCGAAGCCAUGUGCCACCCAUUCUUCGACGAAUUGCGUGAUCCCAACACUCGAUUGCCAGACUCUCGUCACCCCAGCAAUCCCGCUCGAGACCUACCAAACCUAUUCGACUUCUCACACCACGAACUUUCUAUCGCUCCUGAGCUGAACAGUCGACUGGUUCCAGAACACGCCAAAGCCGCCCUGGAGGCUCGCGGAUUGGAUAUCGACAACUUCACACCCAUUCCGCAAGAAGAGAUGCGAGCCCAUCUCGACUGA